UUCUCACUCUUUUCUCAUAGUGUAGCCUACAUAAAAAUCGUUGUUUGGUUGCUCGGAAAAAUAAAUACAUUCAUCAAAAAUUUUCUCUUUCUUUCGUUCCUCUUUCUUGGGAAUCCCAGAUCUUCCGACCAUUGCUCAACCCCUACUUCAUAUGGUUCUAGAUGGCCAAAACAAGUUCAGCUGAUGGUAGGACUAGAAGUUCUAUGCAGAUCUUUAUAGUAGUUGGUCUGUGCUGUUUUUUCUAUAUAUUAGGCGCGUGGCAGAGAAGUGGUUUUGGAAAGGGAGAUAGCAUAGCAUUGGAGAUCACCAAAACUAACGCAGAGUGUAAUAUAAUUCCAAAUUUAAGUUUUGAUUCCCACCAUGGUGGAGAAGUUAGCAAAAUUGAUGAUGCUGAUUCAAAGCCUAAGGUAUUUGAACCAUGUGCUGCUCGCUAUACUGAUUACACUCCCUGUCAAGAUCAACGGCGUGCCAUGACCUUUCCCAGAGAUAAUAUGAUUUAUAGAGAGAGACACUGCCCACGAGAGGAAGAGAAGUUACACUGUAUGAUCCCUGCCCCCAAGGGGUAUGUAACACCAUUUCCGUGGCCGAAGAGCCGUGACUAUGUUCCAUAUGCUAAUGCACCCUACAAGAGCCUUACGGUUGAGAAGGCAAUUCAGAAUUGGAUCCAAUAUGAGGGAAAUGUGUUCCGGUUCCCUGGUGGUGGAACACAAUUUCCUCAAGGUGCUGAUAAAUAUAUUGAUCAAAUUGCUUCUGUGAUACCUAUAACUAAUGGAACAGUGAGGACAGCACUAGACACCGGUUGUGGGGUUGCCAGUUGGGGUGCAUAUCUUUGGAGUAGAAAUGUUAUUGCCAUGUCGUUUGCACCAAGGGACUCUCAUGAAGCACAAGUACAGUUUGCUCUUGAAAGGGGUGUCCCUGCUGUCAUUGGUGUUUUGGGGACCAUAAAGUUGCCUUAUCCUUCUAGAGCAUUUGACAUGGCUCAUUGUUCUCGUUGUUUGAUUCCUUGGGGAGCAAAUAAUGGAAUUUAUAUGAUGGAAGUUGAUCGAGUUCUAAGGCCUGGUGGUUAUUGGGUGCUUUCUGGUCCUCCAAUCAAUUGGAAGGUUAACUACCAAGCCUGGAAGAGACCUAAGGAAGAUCUGCAGGAAGAGCAAAGAAAGAUUGAAGAGAUUGCUAAGCAACUUUGCUGGGAGAAGAGGUCAGAGAAGUCUGAAAUGGCAAUUUGGCAAAAGGUUGUAGACUCUGAAUCAUGUCUAAGGAGACAAGAUGAUUCAAGUGUUGAAUUUUGCAAGUCCUCAGAUGCCGAUGAUGUCUGGUAUAAGAAAAUGGAGGCCUGCAUUACUCCUAGUCCUAAAGCUUCUGGUGCAAAUCUUAAACCAUUUCCAAGCAGGUUAUAUGCCAUUCCUCCCAGAAUUGCUAGUGGUUCAGUUCCUGGAGUUUCCUCUGAGACAUACCAAGAUGAUAACAAAAAGUGGAAAAAACAUGUAAAUGCUUACAAGAAAAUUAAUAGACUGUUGGAUUCGGGAAGGUAUCGCAACAUUAUGGAUAUGAAUGCUGGAUUGGGUAGUUUUGCUGCAGCUAUUCACUCUUCAAAGUUAUGGGUCAUGAAUGUUGUGCCUACUAUCGCUGAGACAAAUACACUGGGUGUGAUAUAUGAGCGAGGACUUAUUGGCAUCUAUCAUGAUUGGUGUGAAGCCUUUUCAACAUAUCCACGAACAUAUGAUCUCAUUCAUGCCCAUGGUCUCUUUAGUCUGUACCAGGAUAAAUGCAAAACAGAAGAUAUUCUUCUGGAGAUGGACCGGAUUCUUCGACCUGAAGGCGCUGUCAUAUUCCGCGACGAAGUUGAUGUGUUGAUUAAGGUAAAGAAAAUAGUCGGGGGGAUGAGAUGGGAUACUAAAAUGGUUGAUCAUGAGGAUGGUCCUCUUGUUCCUGAGAAGGUGCUGGUUGCUGUUAAGCAGUAUUGGGUUACUGGUGGAAAUUCCACAUCAACACGAUGAUCACUAAAUCAGAAAAGUUGAAAUGUUGCCUUAUGCAGUACCUUUCUGUAAUAUGAUGUUUUGGCUCAAUUGAUCAUUGCAACUGUGGCAGAGAGGGAGGUUAAAGGAGUUUUGCACAAUUGUCACUUACCUAAUGUUUCCUAUGUUGUUAAUUUAUUUAUUAAUGAAGAAAGCUACAAAGCUAUGGUUAGUGUUUAUGCCACUUGGCAUUUUUUGGUGUUAGUUAUCUUGUACAAUGUUAUAUUCUCACUCUCUCUCCCCAUCUUUGUUUUUUUCAUUUGUUAUAUUCCUUCAUGAAAAGGUUUAGUUUAUUUUUCUGAAUUGAAUUGUAGCCUCUAUUGGUCCAA